AUGGGACAGACGGUGACGACCCCCCUUAGUUUGACUCUCGACCAUUGGACUGAAGUUAAAUCCAGGGCUCAUAAUUUGUCAGUUCAGGUUAAGAAGGGACCUUGGCAGACUUUCUGUGCCUCUGAAUGGCCAACAUUCGAUGUUGGAUGGCCAUCAGAGGGGACCUUUAAUUCUGAAAUUAUCCUGGCUGUUAAAACAAUUAUUUUUCAGACUGGACCCGGCUCUCAUCCUGAUCAGGAGCCCUAUAUUCUUACGUGGCAAGAUUUGGCAGAAGAUCCUCCACCAUGGAAAAACAAACACUCGGCCGAAAAAGUCGAGCCCUCUCUUCGUAUCUACCCCGAGAUCGAGGAGCCGCCAACUUGGCCGGAACCCCAACCUGUUCCCCCAACCCCUUAUCCAGCACAGGGUGCUGCGAGGGGACCCUCUGCCCCUCCUGGAGCUCCGGUGGUGGAGGGACCUGCUGCCGGGACUCGGAGCCAGAGGGGCGCCACCCCAGAGCAGACAGACAAGAUCGUGAUAUUACCGCUGCGCACCUAUGGCCCUCCCAUGCCGGGGGGCCAAUUGCAGCCCCUCCAGUAUUGGCCCUUUUCUUCUGCAGAUCUCUAUAAUUGGAAAACUAACCAUCCCCCUUCCUCGGAGGAUCCCCAACACCUCACGGGGUUGGUGGAGUCCCUUAUGUUCUCUCACCAGCCUACUUGGUAUGAUUGUCAACAGCUGCUGCAGACACUCUUCACAACCGAGGAGCGAGAGAGAAUUCUGUUAGAGGCUAGAAAAAAUAUUCCUGGGGCCGACGGGCGACCCACGCAGUUGCAAAAUGAGAUUGACAUGGGAUUUCCCUUGACUCGCCAUGGUUGGGACUACAACACGGCCAAAGGUAGGGAGAGCUUGAAAAUCUAUCGCCAGGCUCUGGUGGCGGGUCUCCGGGGCUCCUCAAGAGGGCCCACUAAUUUGGCUAAGGUAAGAGAGGUGAUGCAGGGACCGAACGAACCUCCCUCGGUAUUUCUUGAGAGGCUCAUGGAAGCCUUCAGGCGGUUCACCCCUUUUGAUCCUACCUCGGAGGCCCAGAAAGCCUCAGUUGCCCUGGCCUUCAUAGGGGAGUUGGCUCUGGAUAUCAGAAAGAAACUUCAGAGACUGGAAGGGUUACAGGAGGCUGAGUUAUGUGAUCUAGUGAAAGAAGCAGAGAAGGUGGAGGGGCAACCAGUUGAGUUCCUGGUUGAUACUGGAGCAGAGCAUUCAGUGCUGCUACAACCAUUAGGAAAAUGAAAAGAAAAAAAAUCCUGGGUGAUGGGUGCUACAGGGCAAUGGCAGUAUCCAUGGACUACCCGAAGAACCGUUGACUUGGGAGUGGGACGGGUAACCCACUCGUUUCUGGUCAUCCCUGAGUGCCCAGUACCCCUUCUAGGUAGAGACUUACUGACCAAGAUGGGAGCUCAAAUUUCUUUUGAACAAGGAAGACCAGAAGUGUCUGCGAAUAACAAACCCAUCACUGUGUUGACCCUCCAAUUAGAUGAUGAAUAUCGACUAUAUUCUCCCCAAGUAAAGCCUGAUCAAGAUAUACAGUCCUGGUUGGAGCAGUUUCCCCAAACCUGGGCAGAAACCGCAGGGAUGGGUUUGGCAAAGCAAGUUCCCCCACAGGUUAUUCAGCUGAAGGCCAGUGCUACACCAGUAUCAGUCAGACAGUACCCCUUGAGUAGAGAGGCUCGAGAAGGAAUUUGGCCGCAUGUUCAAAGAUUAAUCCAACAGGGCAUCCUAGUUCCUGUCCAAUCCCCUUGGAAUACUCCCCUGCUACCGGUUAGGAAGCCUGGGACCAAUGAUUAUCGACCAGUACAGGACUUGAGAGAGGUCAAUAAAAGGGUGCAGGACAUACACCCAACGGUCCCGAACCCUUAUAACCUCUUGAGCGCCCUCCCGCCUGAACGGAACUGGUACACAGUAUUGGACUUAAAAGAUGCCUUCUUCUGCCUGAGAUUACACCCCACUAGCCAACCACUUUUUGCCUUUGAAUGGAGAGAUCCAGGUACAGGAAGAACCAGGCAGCUCACCUGGACCCGACUGCCCCAAGGGUUCAAGAACUCCCCGACCAUCUUUGAUGAAGCCCUACACAGAGACCUGGCCAACUUCAGGAUCCAACACCCUCAGGUGACCCUCCUUCAGUACGUGGAUGACCUGCUUCUGGCGGGAGCCACCAAACAGGACUGCUUAGAAGGUACGAAGGCACUACUGCUGGAAUUGUCUGACCUAGGUUACAGAGCCUCCGCUAAGAAGGCCCAGAUUUGCAGGAAAGAGGUAACAUACUUGGGGUACAGUUUGCGGGACAGGCAGCGAUGGCUGACGGAGGCACGGAAGAAAACUGUAGUCCAGAUACUGGCCCCAACCACAGCCAAACAAGUGAGAGAAUUUUUGGGGACAGCUGGAUUUUGCAGACUGUGGAUCCCGGGGUUUGCGACCUUAGAAGCCCCACUCUACCCGCUAUCCAAAGAAAAGGGGGAAUUCUCCUGGGCUCCUGAGCACCAGAAGGCAUUUGAUGCUAUCAAAAAGGCCCUGCUGAGCACACCUGCUCUGGCCCUCCCUGACAUAACUAAACCUUUUACCCUUUAUGUGGAUGAGUGUAACGGAGUAGCCCGGGGAGUUUUAACCCAAACCCUAGGACCAUGGAGAAGACCUGUUGCCUACCUAUCAAAGAAGCUCGAUCCUGUAGCCAGUGGUUGGCCCGUAUGCCUGAAGGCUAUCGCAGCUGUGGCCAUACUGGUCAAGGACGCUGACAAAUUGACUUUGGGACAGAAUAUAACUAUAAUAGCCCCCCAUGCGUUGGAAAACAUCGUCCAGCAGCCCCCAGACCGAUGGAUGACCAACGCCCGCAUGAGCCACUAUCAAAGCCUGCUUCUCACAGAGAGGAUCACGUUUGCUCCACCAGCCACUCUCAACCCUGCCACUCUUCUGCCUGAAGAGACUGAUGAACCAGUGACUCAUGAUUGCCAUCAACUGUUGAUCGAGGAGACUGGGGUCCGCAAGGACCUUACUGACAUACCACUGACUGGAGAAGUGCUGACCUGGUUCACUGAUGGGAGCAGCUAUGUAGUGGAAGGUAAGAGGAUGGCUGGGGCGGCGGUGGUGGACGGGACCCGCACGAUCUGGGCCACCAGCCUGCCGGAAGGAACUUCAGUGCAAAAGGCUGAGCUCAUGGCCCUCACGCAAGCUUUGCGGCUGGCCGAAGGGAAAUCCAUAAACAUUUAUACGGACAGCAGGUAUGCCUUUGCGACUGCACACGUACACGGGGCCAUCUAUAAGCAAAAGGGGUUGCUUACCUCAGCAGGGAGGGAAAUAAAGAACAAAGAGGAAAUUCUAAGCCUAUUAGAAGCCUUACAUUUGCCAAAAAGGCUAGCGAUUAUACACUGUCCUGGACAUCAGAAAGCCAAAGAUCUCAUAUCCAGAGGGAACCAGAUGGCUGACCGGGUUGCCAAGCAGGCAGCCCAGGGUGUUAACCUUCUGCCUAUAAUAGAAACGCCCAAAUUCUCUGAGACUCUGGAGGGGACCUGCUAUACCUCAAAUGGGAAGGAAAUCCUUCCCCACAAAGAAGGGUUAGAAUAUGUCCAACAGAUACAUCGUCUAACCCACCUAGGAACUAUACACCUGCAGCAGUUGGUCAGAACAUCCCCUUAUCAUGUUCUGAGGCUGCCAGGAAUGGCUGACUCAGUGGUCAAACAUUGUGUGCCCUGCCAGCUGGUUAAUGCUAAUCCUUCCAGAAUACCUCCAGGAAAGAGACUAAGGGGAAGCCACCCAGGCGCUCACUGGGAAGUGGACUUCACUGAGCUAAAGCCGGCUAAAUACGGAAACAAAUAUCUAUUGGUUUUUGUAGACACCUUUUCAGGAUGGGUAGAGGCUUAUCCUACUAAGAAAGAGACUUCAACCGUGAUGGCUAAGAAAAUAUUGGAGGAAAUUUUUCCAAGAUUUGGAAUACCUAAAGUAAUAGGGUCAGACAAUGGUCCAGCUUUUGUUGCCCAGGUAAGUCAGGGACUGGCCAAGACAUUGGGGAUUGAUUGGAAAUUACAUUGUGCAUACAGACCCCAAAGCUCAGGACAGGUAGAGAGGAUGAAUAGAACCAUUAAAGAGACCCUCACCAAAUUGACCACAGAGACUGGAAUUAAUGAUUGGAUAGCUACCCUGCCCUUUGUGCUUUUUAGGGUUAGGAAAACCCCUGGACAGUUUGGGCUGACCCCCUAUGAAUUGCUCUGCGGGGGACCCCCCCCCAUUGGCAGAAAUUGCCUCUGUACAUAGCUCAAGGCGCUCGAGUGGGUGAGGCAGCGAGCGUGGAAGCAGCUCCAGGAGGCCUACUCAGGAGGAGACUUGCAAGUUCCACAUCGCUUCCAAGUUGGAGAGUCAGUCUAUGUUAGACGCCACCGUGCAGGAAACAUCGAGACUCGGUGGAAGGGCCCUUAUCUCGUACUUUUGACCACACCAACGGCUGUAAAAGUUGAAGGAAUCUCCACCUGGAUCCAUGCAUCCCACGUUAAGCCGGUGCCACCUCCCGAUUCGGGGUGGAGAGCUGAAAAGACUGAAAAUCCCCUUAAGCUUCGCCUCCAUCGCUUGGUUCCUUACUCUGUCAAUAACUCCUCAAGUUAAUGGUAAACGCCUUGUGGACAGCCCGAACUCCCAUAAACCCUUAUCUCUCACCUGGUUACUUACUGACUCCAGUACAGGUAUUACUAUUAACAGCACUCAAGGGGAGGCUCCCUUAGGGACCUGGUGGCCUGAGUUAUAUGUCUGCCUUCGAUUGGUAAUCCCUGGUCUCAA